UAAUCAAAUUCAAAGAAUUAAUCUUUUUUGGAUACGCGCGAGAGCUUCAAUCUUACUUCGCCUCUUUUACGUUACGACACUUAUACGAGGGUGUUCAUAAUUCUCCGUGUGAUGGUAAUCUAUUCGAAAUCGAUCUCUCUUCAACAAAAAUAUCACGGCAGAUCUCAAAUUACCAAUAAUUCGAGAUUCUUGCGAUUAUACAUAUGAAUUAUUACCUAAUUACCUGACGCUUAUACGAAUGCGAACAGCAGAAAAAUAAUAAUCUCAUGAAGGGUUAAUACGAUAAGUGUUAAUCUCCUCCCCUUCAUAAAAAGUAGGAUCUGUCACUUACUAUUGACAAAGUACUCUCUUACUAUCGAUAUGUACAACCAGACUGCUGAAUGACAUUUGAUUCCUGUCAAUGAGUCAAUAUUAUCUAUAUGAUCUUUCAAUUUGUUGGUUUGUUAUUUCUCCAGCUUAUAAAUACACACGCAUACGGUGCACAGAAUGAACAAUCGGUGACGAUCGCUCACAUCGCGAGUCGCAAAUAGCCGUCUCCUCGAGUGAUCAGAGGGGGAAGAGCGUCCCCCGUCGUUUUCAUCGGGUAUAUAAGACCGGGGGCUCGCAGGAGUACGGACCCACCGACAGGAUUCUGUAUAUAGUCCCGGUGUAACACAGGGUGUGUUUGUGCGAGAUAUUGUCCCGGGUGAUGCAGUGCGAAGUGUCCUCUUCGUUUUCGUCGUCGUUAUCGUUGUCGUAACUGGCAGACACGAUGGUUCGUCGCGGGAUUAUCUACUCGUUGAUUUGGUGUUUGCUGUCAUUCCCAGUGUGCUUUACCGACAAGCUGUCCCCGGAUCAAAAGGCGCCACUAUUUGCGCGCGGCUCCGGCGGUUUGAUCCUGAAACCGCCCUUCGAAAGCGAGCAAAAGAUCGCCGCGAGUCCACCGGUUUCCACCAAUGUCAUUAGCGAGGACGGUGUCGAGAGGAAGGAGAUCGCCACUUUCAAACUUGUGGAUGGCGAAUUGGUCCGAGUAGUGGAGGGAUCUUUCUCCUAUAAGAGUCCCGAAGGGAUCCCCGUUUCCGUUCACUACACCGCUGACGAGAACGGAUAUCGGGCUGGAUUCAGGCUAGGCGCUGCUGCGACCGGAGAAACGGGACAUCCCAUCAGACUUCCGAGACCAGAAGGCAUCACGCCAGUAAAAACUAACGUCGAUCGGAGUUAUCUGCCACCGCAAUAGAAUGAUUCCAGCUAAUUCUAUAACUAAGACUGGCCU